AUGCCCGCAAAGGACAAAAAGAAACCCUCCGAGAACCCCGUCAUCGUUGUCGGAGGCGGCCUAGCCGGCCUAGUAGCCACCUACGAACUCACUCUCCGCAAAAUCCCCGUCGUGAUCGUCGACCAGGAAAGCGAAAAGAACCUAGGCGGACAGGCCUUCUGGUCCCUCGGCGGGAUCUUCUGCGUGAACUCGUCCGACCAGCGUGGAAAGGGCGUCAAGGAUUCCCGGGAACUCGCGAUGCAGGAUUGGAUGGGGACGGCCGGGUUCGAUCGCGAGAGGGAGGACUACUGGCCGCGGCGAUGGGCAGAGGCGUUUGUCAAUUUCGCGACGGACGAGAUGGAGCGGUACCUCAAGGGUCUGGGGUUGAAGUUCGCGUCUGUUGGCUGGGCGGAGAGGGGCAGUGGUGAGGCCGGUGGACAUGGGAAUUCCGUGCCUCGCUUUCAUAUUGCCUGGGGUGCUGGACCGGAGGUUGUUCGUAUCUUCGUUGAGCCGGUCAAGGCUGCUGCGAAGAAGGGGUUGGUUAGUUUUAAGUACCGCCAUCAGGUGGAUGAGCUGGUUCUUGAUGAUGCCGGUGCUGCGGUUGGUGUGCGUGGGACGGUUCUCGAGCCGACGGAUGCUGAACGGGGCGUUGCGACGUCGCGGACAUCUGUUGGAACCUUUGAGAUUCGCGGCAGUGCAGUGUUGAUCGCUUCUGGGGGUAUUGGAGGGAAUAUCGAGAUGGUCAAGGCAAACUGGCCGGUGGAACGACUUGGUCCAGUGCCCCAGAAGUUCGUCAUUGGAGUCCCUGCCCAUGUUGAUGGGCGUAUGCUUCAGAUUGCGAAGGACCAGGGUGCAAGCAUCAUUAACAGCGACCGCAUGUGGCAUUAUACAGAAGGGCUGGAUAAUUGGGAUCCCAUCUGGCCGGCGCAUGGUAUUCGCGUGAUCCCAGGACCUUCAUCCCUAUGGAUAGAUGCAACGGGAAAGAGACUGCCCUCCCGGCUCUACCCUGGAUGCGACACUCUCGAGACCUUGAAGUAUAUCGGCACAACCGGCUAUGACUACACCUGGUUCAUCCUGAACAAGAGCAUCAUCGCCCGGGAAUUCGCCCUUUCGGGCUCAGAGCAGAACCCAGACCUCACGAACAAGAGCAUCCUCCAGCUUCUCCAACGGAUAUACGGAUCCAAUGGAACAGUACCCGUCCAGAAAUUCGUACAACACGGCAAGGAUUUCAUCGUCCGCAAUAAUCUAGAUGAGCUUGUCGAGGCAAUGAACAAACUCAUCGGAGAAGACGGUCCGCAUCUCGACAUCAACCAAAUCAGACAAACAAUUGAGUUCCGCGACGCCCAGCUGACGAAUAAGUAUACCAAAGACGCACAGAUCAUGGGCAUCCAAAACGCCCGCAAGUACUGGCCGGAGAAGUAUAGCCGGAUCACGAAACCUCACCGACUUCUCGACCCCCGCUACGGACCCCUGAUUGCCGUCAAGAUGAACAUGCUGACGAGAAAGACCCUGGGCGGCCUGGAGACUAACCUGGAUUCGCAGGCCUUACACCCUGACGGGAGCCUCUUCCCCAACCUAUUCGCUGCUGGAGAAGUGGCUGGUUUUGGCGGUGGAGGCGUUCAUGGAUACAGAUCGCUCGAAGGAACCUUUUUGGGCGGGUGUAUCUUCUCUGGUCGGACUGCAGGCCGUGCAAUUGCGAAUCUGGUCUCACAAAAUGCAUCGCCGGCGAAGCUGUGA